UAGCGCCCGGGUCCGCCGGAGGGUCGGUGGAGCCAGCGUCCGUCCUUUGUGAGGCGCUCAGACGGUUCGGCUGGGGUGCGGGACGGAAUGUGAGCGCUGCGGGGACUUUUGUCUCCUGCUCAAACUCUGGGGAGUGUGGACUGAACGGGAGCCAUGGACUGAGGGCGUGAGCUGCGCGGGGCAGUCAUGACUUCUGCCGCGGAGCUUAAGAAGCCACCAUUGGCUCCCAAGCCAAAGUUAGUGGGGACCAAUAAUAAGCCACCUCCCCCUCCAAUUGCACCUAAACCGGACAUCGGAAAUGCUAAUGUUCCACGGUUAAUGAAGAAGACGAAACCGGCAAUUGCACCGAAACCGAAAGUCCCGACAAACUCAGUUAUUCAAGAUAUCAAGAAUCCACCCUCAAAGAAGCUCACUUUGAACCUGGAGGAACGGGAGCCAGAAUUACCUGAGAGCACUGGCAAGUUUAAUUGCAAAGAUGUCAGGGAUCCAGAAUUACCUGAGAGCACUGGCAAGUUUAAUUGCAAAGAUGUCAGGGAUCCACACCGUGAUUAUAUUUUACCAACGUGUUCCUGCAGUUCUGGGUGUAUUCAUGAGCCUAGGACUCAAAAAAAUCAGUGUGCAGAGCAGCUGGUUUUAGAGCCUCUGGGAGUGAAAGAAAAUUUAGAGAAUAAUAAAAAUGGUGAGUCCUCAAAGACGGGGAGUAGAUGGGAUUCAAGCAAUGAAAAGUGCCGGAGCCAGAGUGGAGUUGUUUUAAAGGCAAGCAUCUUAGAAGAGAAGCUCAAAGAGGUUCUAACACAGCAGCGAUCACCUUGUGGUUCCCCAAGGAAGCACAGAGCUCCAAAAGACCCAGAAAUGAAUGGUGACCAUAGUUGCACCAGGCAGAUCAGAAUUGAAUUUGCAGAGAUGUCGUCUUCCCUGUCCAGCUUGGAAAAAGUUUCCGCUCAUCAGAGCUGCUACCCACAACUUCCUAGGGAUGAAUCUCAGACUCUCGAGACUUGUCAAGAUGGCAGUGCUGAGAGCCAUGGUCAUAUUCAUUCAUGUGAACUGGAGAACAAAAGAGUAUGUUCGGGUGGAACUAGUCAGAAGACAGAGGCCAAAGAUCUCGGUCCUUUAGAAAUCCACUUACUACCAUAUACCUCAAAGUUUCCAACUCCUAAGCCCAGAAAGACACACACUACUCGUCUGCAGCGCCAGAAGCAUGUAGAUACUCCUAGUGAAAGCACUGAAGAGCCAGGGAUCUCAAACAAUGGCUCUUCUUGUCUCCUUGAAGAUAGUUUGAAAAACAAUAAAGUCAGUGUUCUUCAUCAGAAUGCUUUGUGUAACCAGGGACAAGUGGACGAGGUGAGGCCAGCAAACAAGAGGGCACUGCCCGGGGAUUCCAACAGUGACGGACAGGACUCAGCCAGCUCCCAGAAAGCUGUGCAGCAGGAAACAUCUUCUUUUGAAAAAGAGGCACCUUCUUUAGAUACGGAUUCUAGUUUGACUUCUGACAGCUCCGUAGAGGAUGGUUCUGGCCUGUUACCUGCUGUGGACAAAGAGACUACUUUCACACAGUGCAGUCCUCAGCCUUUGAGCUUGCCUAAGCAAGUCAAGUUAGCUUGCACUGAACAGCCACCAACUACCUGUAACACGGAAGUGUCAGUUCCUCAGAUACAAAAGGACUCUUCCACGAGAAUUGUUCCCAAAAAACCUCAGAGACACAGCUUGCCUGCAGCAGGAGUGCUGAAAAAGGCUGCUUCCGAGGAACUUGUAGAAAAGAGCUCGGCAGUUAGUAAGGAAACAAAUUCAGAGAAAGGUCUGCCAAGAAAGCCCCUUCAGCAUUCGGGUCCCUCAAACUGUGGCACAUCACCAGCAUCCUUUGAUACGCCCAACCCAACUUCAGAAAAGCCAGUGUGGAAGUUACCUCAUCCUAUUCUACCUUUUUCAGGGAGCCCAGAGGCCUUGAAACGCGUCACUUUAUCCUUAAACAACGAGCCUUCCGUUUCCCUAACCAAGCCAAGAGCGAAGUCACUGUCUGCCGUGGAUAUGGACCGCUGCAAUAAGCCUUGCAAAGAACCUCCAAAGAAAACUUCUUUAAAAAAGUUGAUUAAUGUGAAACUGUCCAUUGGUUUCAUAAAGAGUGACUUUCAGAAAUUUAGGUCGAAAAGCUGUCAGCAUGGGGAUGUCUCUGCGGGACAUCCGCUCGGUAGAGAGCCGAAAGGGCUUGAAAGUGAUUGGCAAGGUUUGGCCUCAGGAGAAGAGAAGAGAAGUAAACCCAUGAAGGCAUAUUCUGCAGAAAACUGCAGCCUGGAAUCUCAAAAGAUGAAAUCUUGGGGCCAGAGGAGUGCAGCUAAUGGUCAGAGGGCCGAGUCUUUGGAUGACCAGAUGAUCUCCAGACAUGCAUCCUGUCAGGGCUCUAGCACAGGCGACUGUGGGCCAGAGUAUGAAAAUAUCCGCCAUUAUGAGGAGAUACCAGAGUAUGAGAAUUUGCCCUUUGUCAUGGCUGGGGGGAACAGUCCAGAGUUGGGAUGGCAGAAUUGCAGCAGUGUAGAGGACACUGAUGCCAGUCUGUAUGAAGUAGAAGAGCCGUACGACGUUCCAGAUGGCCAGCUGCAGCUUGAUCCUAGACAUCAGCCUUGCAGUUCUGGAACAUCCCAGGAGGGGCAGGAUGAUCUCCAGCUUGGUCCCAGUGACCUGCCUUCUGACGAGGAAGUCAUCAAUAGUUCUGAUGAAGAUGACAUCAGCUCCGAGUCCAGUAAAGGGGAGCCAGACCCACUGGAGGAUAAACAGGAUGAAGAUGCUGGGAUGAAAAGCAAAGUUCAUCAUAUUGCCAAGGAGAUCAUGAGCUCCGAGAAAGUGUUUGUGGAUGUGUUAAAGCUUUUGCAUAUUGAUUUCCGGGGUGCUGUAGCCCGUGCGUCCAGGCAACUCGGGAAGCCCGUGAUUGAGGACCGGAUUCUUAACCAGAUCCUGUACUACCUGCCUCAGCUGUAUGAGCUCAACCGGGAUCUCCUGAAGGAACUGGAGGAGCGGAUGCUGAGCUGGACCGAACAACAAAGAAUUGCUGAUAUCUUUGUAAAGAAGGGGCCAUACUUAAAAAUGUAUUCCACAUACAUCAAAGAAUUUGACAAGAACAUCGCUUUGCUGGAUGAGCAGUGCAAGAAAAAUCCAAGCUUCGCUGCGGUUGUCAGAGAAUUCGAGAUGAGCCCUCGAUGUGCCAGCCUGGCCCUGAAGCACUACCUGCUAAAGCCAGUUCAGAGGAUCCCUCAGUACAGGCUGCUCCUGACAGAUUAUUUAAAGAACCUCUUAGAAGACUCGGUAGAUCACAGAGACACCCAAGAUGCCCUAGCCGUUGUCAUAGAAGUAGCUAACCAUGCCAAUGACACCAUGAAGCAAGGGGACAACUUUCAGAAACUCAUGCAAAUUCAGUACAGCCUAAGUGGACACCAUGAAAUUGUGCAACCUGGGCGGGUUUUUCUUAAAGAAGGCACCCUGAUGAAGCUGUCUCGGAAAGUCAUGCAGCCCCGAAUGUUUUUCCUGUUUAACGAUGCUCUCCUGUACACCACACCCAUGCAGUCUGGGAUGUACAAACUGAACAACAUGCUCUCCUUGGCUGGAAUGAAGGUCAGAAAACCUACCCAGGAAGCGUAUCAGAACGAGUUAAAGAUUGAAAGCGUGGAACGUUCUUUCAUCCUCUCAGCGAGUUCUGCCACAGAAAGAGAUGACUGGCUGGAGGCCAUAUCCAGCUCAAUAGAAGAGUAUGCCAAGAAAAGAAUCACCUUCUGCCCCAGCAGGAGCCUUGACGAGGACUCAGAAAGGAAAGAAGAAGUCAGCCCUCUCGGGGCAAAGGCUCCCAUCUGGAUCCCUGACACCAGAGCCACCAUGUGUAUGAUUUGCACAAGUGAAUUCACCCUGACCUGGAGAAGACACCACUGCAGAGCCUGUGGGAAGAUUGUGUGCCAAGCUUGCUCAUCAAACAAGUGUGGCUUAGAUUACCUGAAAGGGCAACCAGCGAGAGUGUGUGAACACUGCUUCCAAGAGCUACAGAAAUUAGAUCACCAGCUGUCCCCUAGGAUUGGGUCUCCUGGAAAUCACAAGUCUCCUUCAAGUGCCUUGUCUUCAGUCUUACAUAGCAUCCCAUCAGGGAGGAAGCAGAAGAAAAUCCCCGCUGCUCUCAAAGAAGUGUCAGCAAACACAGAAGACUCCACUAUGAGCGGCUACCUCUACAGAUCCAAGGGCAGUAAAAAGCCAUGGAAACACUUAUGGUUUGUCAUCAAAAACAAAGUACUCUACACAUACGCUGCAAGCGAGGACGUGGCAGCUCUGGAAAGUCAGCCUUUAUUAGGAUUUACUGUCACUCAAGUCAAAGAUGAGAAUUCAGAGUCUAAAGUGUUUCAGCUACUGCACAAAGGCAUGCUGUUUUAUGUCUUUAAGGCAGACGAUGCCCACUCCACUCAAAGGUGGAUAGACGCCUUUCAGGAGGGCACAGUAUUGUAGCAGCACUGGCUGCUUUUCCUCCGCGGCUCCAACAAGGUGGAGGUUCAGCAGGAUGGAAUAAAAGCUACUCAAAAGCCACGUAAAAAACGAACACCGCCAAGACAAAUCCGCCCACAGUCGUUAUGAGAUAGAUGGUUUGUUAGGUAUAUACAGUUCCUAAACUUGUUUUUCAUAUGUGUUAUUUAUUAAAAUGUUGAUGUUUA